CUCUCUGUGUGUGUCUCUCUCUCUCUCUCUGUGUCUCUAACCUUUGACCUGAUGUCUCCCAGGUGUUCCCGUUGGAUUAUGUCCUGAUCACUGUCAUCACCAUGUACUUUGUGUUCACCUCCAUGGCCGGCAUCAGGAACAUGGGCAUCUGGUUCUUCUGGAUACGGCUGUACAAGAUCAGACCCAAGAGAACCCGUCCCCAGGCCCUCCUCUUCCUCUGCAUGAUUCUACUGCUGAUUGUCCUUCACACCAGCUUCAUGAUCUACAGUCUGGCCCCGCAGUACGUCAUGUACGGGAGCCAGAACUAUCUGCUGCAGGUGACCCCAGGCUGGAGCCCGAUGCCACCAGGGAAUAAUACCACUUGGACUACCAAGACCUGCGAUGCCGACGCACCUCAAGUAUCCUCAGAUCUGGGGACUAGCCACACUCCUAUCAGGACCUGUUACCUGCCUUCUGAACUGACAGAGAAGAGGAACUUUCCUCACACUUGGAGAAGUUCAUUUCAAUCAUGUUUAGCUACAGAGGAACCCGGUCAGCGAAGAAGAAUGAUUCUCGACUCUCUGUUUCACUUUAUUCAAUUCAAAAGGCUUUAUUGGGAAACAUGUUUACAUUGCCAAAGCAAGUGAAAUAGAUAAUAAACAAAAGUGAAAUAAGCAAUCAGUAAUGAACAGUAAACAUGGCUCUCUCCAGUCUUACAGUAAUGGAUAAUAUUAUCAUGUAUCUCGGUCGCCACAGCGAGACACGAGCCCUACAGCCUAUGCUUCUGCAAGAUCAAGUGGGUUACCAUGGCUACCACUCAGCAAGUUUUCCAUGGUGAAACAGGGGGUGUUUCAAUACAUUCAGCUGCAAAUCAAAAUGACUGAGACAUGAAAUGCUUUCUGCUCUCUUCUCCCUUAGUAAGAUUGGGGUUGACUGACUGUUGUACCUGCGUUUCCUACGUGGUUCUGAUGACUCACUGUGUUAGUUAGAGCAUGGGGCUUAGCUAGCAACACCAGGGUUAGAGCACGGGGCUUAGCUAGCAACACCAGGGUUAGAGCACGGGGCUUAGCUAGCAACACCAGGGUUAGAGCACGGGGCUUAGCUAGCAACACCAGGGUUAGAGCACGGGGCUUAGCUAGCAACACCAAGGUUAGAGCAUAGGGCUUAGCUAGCAACACCAGGGUUAGAGCAUGGCGCUUAGCUAGCAACACCAGGAUUAGAGCAUGAGGCUUAGCUAGCAACACCAAGGUUAGAUCAUGGGGCUUAACUAGCAACACCAGGGUUAGAGCAUUGGGCUUAACAAGCAACACCAGGGUUAGAGCAUGGUGCUAAGCUAGCAACACCAGGGUUAGAGCAUGGUGCUAAGCAAGCAACACCAGGGUUGUGGGUUCGCUUUCCGUAUGGGCCACAUAUACUGAAUAUGUGUCACUGCCCUUAUUGACAGUUCUGUAGGUCACUGGAUAAAAGUGUCUGCUAAGUGAACAUAUUAGCAUGUGCCAUACAGAAAAUACUCAUCUCUGUUAGAGCAGGGACAGGAGAGAAAGUAGCAUGUGUUUUAUGUAAGCCGUAACCCAGAGAAGAGACUCUAGUGGGUCAUGUUAACAUAUGAGGUUGAUCCUGGACUGAGAUGGCAGGCUUUAAAACAUAAUGUCCUCAUAGGGCCCUAGUGGGCCAUGUUAACAUAUGAGGUUGAUCCUGGACUGAGAUGACAGGCUUUAAAACAUAAUGUCCUCAUAGGGCCCUAGUGGGCCAUGUUAACAUAUGAGGUUGAUCCUGGACUGAGAUGGCAGGCUUUAAAACAGAAUGUCCUCAUAGUGCCCUAGUGGGUCAUGUUAACAUAUGAGGUUGAUCCUGGACUGAGAUGGCAGGCUUUAAAACAUAAUGUCCUCAUAGGGCCCUAGUGGGUCAUGUUAACAUAUGAGGUUGAUCCUGGACUGAGAUGGCAGGCUUUAAAACAGAAUGUCCUCAUAGUGCCCUAGUGGGUCAUGUUAACAUAUGAGGUUGAUCCUGGACUGAGAUGGCAGGCUUUAAAACAUAAUGUCCUCAUAGGGCCCUAGUGGGUCAUGUUAACAUAUGAGGUUGAUCCUGGACUGAGAUGGCAGGCUUUAAAACAUAAUGUCCUCAUAGGGCCCUAGUGGGUCAUGUUAACAUAUGAGGUUGAUCCUGGACUGAGAUGACAGGCUUUAAAACAUAAUGUCCUCAUAGGGCCCUAGUGGGCCAUGUUAACAUAUGAGGUUGAUCCUGGACUGAGAUGGCAGGCUUUAAAACAGAAUGUCCUCAUAGGGCCCUAGUGGGUCAUGUUAACAUAUGAGGUUGAUCCUGGACUGAGAUGGCAGGCUUUAAAACAUAAUGUCCUCAUAGGGCCCUAGUGGGUCAUGUUAACAUAUGAGGUUGAUCCUGGACUGAGAUGGCAGUUUUUAAAACAGAAUGUCCUCAUAGUGCCCUAGUGGGUCAUGUUAACAUAUGAGGUUGAUCCUGGACUGAGAUGGCAGGCUUUAAAACAUAAUGUCCUCAUAGGGCCCUAGUGGGUCAUGUUAACAUAUGAGGUUGAUCCUGGACUGAGAUGGCAGGCUUUAAAACAUAAUGUCCUCAUAGGGCCCUAGUGGGUCAUGUUAACAUAUGAGGUUGAUCCUGGACUGAGAUGGCAGGCUUUAAAACAUAAUGUCCUCAUAGGGCCCUAGUGGGUCAUGUUAACAUAUGAGGUUGAUCCUGGACUGAGAUGGCAGGCUUUAAAACAGAAUGUCCUCAUAGGGCCCUAGUGGGCCAUGUUAACAUAUGAGGUUGAUCCUGGACUGAGAUGGCAGGCUUUAAAACAGAAUGUCCUCAUAGGGCCCUAGUGGGCCAUGUUAACAUAUGAGGUUAAUCCUGGACUGAGAUGGCAGGCUUUAAAACAUAAUGUCCUCAUAAGGCCCUAGUGGGCCAUGUUAACAUAUGAGGUUAAUCCUGGACUGAGAUGGCAGGCUUUAAAACAUAAUGUCCUCAUAAGGCCCUAGUGGGUCAUGUUAACAUAUGAGGUUGAUCCUGGACUGAGAUGGCAGGCUUUAAAACAUAAUGUCCUCAUAGGGCCCUAGUGGGUCAUGUUAACAUAUGAGGUUGAUCCUGGACUGAGAUGGCAGGCUUUAAAACAGAAUGUCCUCAUAGGGCCCUAGUGGGCCAUGUUAACAUAUGAGGUUGAUCCUGGACUGAGAUGGCAGGCUUUAAAACAUAAUGUCCUCAUAGGGCCCUAGUGGGUCAUGUUAACAUAUGAGGUUGAUCCUGGACUGAGAUGGCAGGCUUUAAAACAUAAUGUCCUCAACGGGCCCUAGUGGGCCAUGUUAACAUAUGAGAUUGAUCCUGUGUCCUGUCAUAAUUUACCGUAUGUUCAUGUCAUCUAUAUCUGAUUUGUGACAUAUGGACGAGUGUAAAUAUGAUUUGUGACAUAUGGACGACUGUAAAUAUGAUUUGUGACAUAUGGACGACUGUAAAUAUGUUUUGUGACAUAUGGACGAGUGUAAAUAUGAUUUGUGACAUAUGGACGACUGUAAAUAUGAUUUGUGACAUAUGGACGACUGUAAAUAUGAUUUGUGACAUAUGGACGACUGUAAAUAUGUUUUGUGACAUAUGGACGAGUGUAAAUAUGAUUUGUGACAUAUGGACGAGUGUAAAUAUGAUUUGUGACAUAUAGACCACUGUAAAUAUGAUUUGUGACUUAUGGACAAGUGUAAAUAUGAUUUGUGACAUGGACGACUGUAAAUAUGAUUUGUGACAUAUGGACGACUGUAAAUAUGAUUUGUGACUUAUGGGCGACUAAAUAUGAUUUGUGACAUAUGGACGACUGUAAAUAUGAUUUGUGACUUAUGGGCGACUAAAUAUGAUUUGUGACAUAUGGACGACUGUAAAUAUGAUUUGUGACUUAUGGGCGACUAAAUAUGAUUUGUGACAUAUGGACGAGUGUAAAUAUGAUUUGUGACAUAUGGACGACUGUAAAUAUGAUUUGUGACAUAUGGACCACUGUAAAUAUGAUUUGUGACAUAUGGACCACUGUAAAUAUGAUUUGUGACAUGGACGACUGUGAAUAUGAUUUUGUCAUGUACAGAUGUAGGAUAUUAAUUUAAUCACCGUGUUGCAGGAGAAAUUUCCUGCAAUGAAGGAAAUCUUAAACUUGUCGCUUAUUUGAGUUUUAAAAAGGAUUCUGAAGUUUGUAAUUUCCAUUUUUAAAUUUGACUUGAUCCCUUAUGAAAAAAUGUAUCAACCCCUCAAAAUGUCCAUGAAUUAUAAUCCACAAAACAAUUCACAUUCCCUGUCGCUGCAGGGUUAUUUUCCUGCUGUAGCAAACUGGUUCAAAUUAAAAUCCUACAUCUGUAAUAGCCUUUGAACUUGUGAUCCUUUUGUAACAAUAACUCAAUAUUACUUCUCAAUUUAUCUCUUUUACAUGAAACCAGAUUAACUAUUUAAUUUCCCCACUGGAAAUUCUGCCAGCACAUAUGGUCGCAGCAUACUUUAACAUAAAAACUUGCUAUAAUAUAAAAACAAACAUUCUACCUAACCGUUAUGUUACGCCUGCUGCCAUGGCAACAUCAGAUUGACAGACAGACAGGCAGUAGGUGCAGGUGGGGGCGGGGUUAGAGGUCAAACUUGUGACUGAUUGGCCAGCGGUCCCCGGGGGUGUAGUGGUUUGUUACAUGUUGGUGAGCAGGUGCUGAGUGCCAAGCUUCUCCAUUAUCUCCUCUAAGGUCAUUACCACGGCUAUUACUCACUCACUCAGCAUAUAAUACAGACUAACGUUUCUUAGGCUGGUCUGAAAUGGCACUAAUGGUCUAAUGCCACUGAGGAUUUCACAAAAAGAUAGGAAGCUAUUUUGAAAAGAGUGUGUCUC